AUGGCGAAUGGUUAGUUUUGUUCUGCUACAGAAAUUGAGAAACAAGUUCUUUUUUAUAGAAGUACAUCAGAAAUAUGACAUAUUAUGCCACUUGAAUGAGAUUCCGCUUCUUGGACGAGAAUGUGUUCCCAGUAAGUUUCUUUUUUUUUUAUUUUUUUAAAUAUUCAUAUCACAAUCCUUUCAGAAUUUUGGAAAAUAAUCGAAGCCGAACCUGCAAAAGACUCACCAGCAUGUGAAAUUCCCCCAUCAACGCCUAAAAAAACCAAAGAAAAUCAUAAAAGACAAUGUGAUUUUAUAGAUAAUUCUAGUCCCACUCCAAAACAAAUCCGAUUUUAA